AUGGCCGAUGGUAAAAUCCAAUAUCAAGCAAAACUAACCCUUUUGUUACACCAAAACUGUGACACGAUGUUCUGUGAUAAUACUUUUGGUGAGGCAUUAGAUGGAAUCUUUCCAAAUGUGGAAAUAAUUUUAAGAAUGUACUUAAGUACUGCUGUUUCUAAUUGUACGGGAGAGAGGUCUUUUUCGGUGUUAAAAAGAAUGAAAGAUUAUAUGAGAUCUUCAAUGAAAAAUGACCGUUUAAAUGCACUUUCUCGAUUACGACAAGACACCGAUACUAACUCAACGACWGACUCGAUCGUGUGGCCAUCGUCGACUCGGCGGUUCAGCUCGGGUGACUGCGAAAUCUUAGGACACGAUCAGACGGCCGACGAUGACACGUGGUACCCACGGGUGGUAUCGUCCUACGCGGUCACCGAGAGGGUCAACUGGUUGAGGCAUCUGGAAGCGGACGCGGAACACAGGUGCCRUCGGUCACCAGCCGCCGUUAGACGGUGGUCGCGGGCAGUACAGGCGGUGGAUCAUGACUAUUACGGGAGCGAGGACGUGGACGAGGCGUUCUUGCGGCGGAAACCGGUUUCGUUUGUGAUAUUCGGCAAGCCCGGUUUGGCGGAUGACAGACUGGCCACAAUGUUAUCAGCGCACUGGGGAUGCGUCCACGUGUCCGCGGCCACCGGGCUGCUAGCUGCCAGUCUCCGGCCAAACGACCAGAUAGGUUUGGCGUUACGGCGCGGUGAAGCGGUAAACGCCGCGGAUUCCACCUCACUGCUCGUUAGCCUUUUGGGUAUCGGAGGGAUUGAGGUACAAGAAAGGGGUUACGUGCUGACCGGACUUCCCAGGCAGAAUCCGAAACUGAGUGCAUGUGAACAAAUGGCUGCGGUGUUCACUACAAAUCCACCAGACGUAUUGAUUUAUAUGAGCUGUCGGAAUCAGGAUUUAAGCCAUAUACAUAAUGGAUUGACUUUAGAAUCUAUGGAACAUGAUCAUCUUACUCAAACACUACAUAUGAAUGAUGUGGAAUGCAACCACAAACGAGUACAUUGGUACAAUAAGUUAUUUAUAAACAAGAAGGUGAUUGAACUGGAUGUGAAGGAUUAUGAAAAUUAUUCGAUGAGAGUAAUUGACGAAAUAAUAAAGCAGUUCAAUCCAGAACGCGUGAUAACCUUGGACGGUAGAAAACCAGUCAACGAAUUGAUAGAAACAAUUAAAACAAAAUUAAUGACGAUGUCACUGCAAUACACAGUAUUACCGAAAAUCGUACAGUUCCAGGAUAAAUCAGUUUCGUCCAAAAGUUACGCGUAUAGUGGUUCUGAAUUCGAAUUUGAAUCGGAAUCAAACGAGGCGGAAACUGCGGCCAGCAAYGAGGAGCGAUCGAGCGAUAUGACCCAAUUACACGACGAAAAUUUACACAGCAUUAAUGAUCGUAACGAGCAAAUACGUGUAACGUCAGAAUUUGGUCGUCUGUGCCCAGUGAACUAUUUUAACGGUAAAUUCAUAAAGGGAAGUGUACGUUAUUGUAUGAAAUUUAUGGGGAAAUCGUAUUACUUUGCUGGACCCGAUGAAAUGCAAUUAUUCGGUAAAUGUCCAAAACAAUUUUUGAAAGUCAUGGGAUAUCGAUUACCGAUUAGAGCCAUAUUCUAUGGUCCACAAACGUUGACGAAUCCGGCUGCAAAGGCUGUACGCAAAUUCUUAGGUUAUAACUUAAUAGACGUCGGAUACCUAACAGAGAUACAUGAAAAAGAAACAAGGCACGCGUAUUCAUCUGUGAUUGUUAGCGCGAUACUUAAAACCGCACAGAAGAUCAUUGAACCGAAAGAAAUUCAACUUAAUGACAUGAGCAUAUUGCGGAACGCAAUCGCUGAUUGGACACGUCUACGGUUUGAUGUUAUUAUUAAAUCUGAUUUAAAUGGUGUGGAACACGAAGAAAGUGAAUACGAAAUGUAUGAAGAUUUUUCAAAUCAAAAAGAACAUGACGUGGAAGAAUUAUUCAAAAAGAGGCAAUUAAUGCGUCUAAAAAACUACUUUGAAUCAUAUGACAUAGAUUUUUUAGAUGAUUCCAAUGAAUGCAUUCGUGCUUAUGAUGAACCAGAAAUGAACGCACCAAUAAAUGUUGUAUUAGUGAACAAAUUAAUUGAUGAAGGCCUUAAUCCAAUCCAGAUGAUAUUUUUUCAUGAUUCCGAUCCAAAUCACAGUGUACUAUUAUCAAAUGACGAAAUGUCCGACAGUUUUCGAAAUAAUUAUAAGAACAUUUUAGAAAAUUUGAAAAUUGGCAAAAAACAUGGAACUGCAGUUGAAAGAAUAAAAUAUCCAGAAUUUUUCAAUGAAAAUGAAAAUCCGUUAGAUAUUUCUUAUGAAAGAAUAACUAAAAAUGAUUCUUUUGAAGAAGAAAUUGAAAUUGCGGAACAUGAGGAAGAUAAAGACGUGAAUUACAUAAGUCACGAUCACCUAUUGGGAAUAAUCGUUCCAGAAAUAACUGAGCGAUUAAAUCAAUAUACGGAAAAUCUUCUCGUACAAUGGCAUACUUUAAAAAAACAAAUUUCUAAAGAAACAAACCAGAACAUGAAUUUUAAUACUAUAGAAUGUAGACCCAACUCUACAACAAAUUUGCUGAAAAUAUUAAUCGAAGACACUUUAUGUUAUAUAAAGAAGUUUUUGACAGAUAAUGUAUACGAUAUAUCCACAUCAGAUAUCGAGGAGACUGUUCCCACGAGAGGAAAAUAUGAUGGUGAUACUUCCAUCUAUUGCCCCGUUAGGUUUGCAAAUGGUAAACUGUCUAUAGGGUCUAAAAAACACAUGGCAAUCUAUCAUAAUAGGUAUUACUACAUGAGCUCGUUAGACAAUUUUAAAGCCUUUAUUUCUAAUCCUAAUAAAUAUACGUUGUUCACUAGUAUCCCAAAAACAUACCCUAAACCCAAAAUAUCUUUACUUUUUUCAUUUGGUCUCAGUUCAGUAGAUUUGAUUAACGAAAUAUUAAAAACAUUUGAUUUGACUCUUGUAGACUCUUAUAAAGUAUUUAAACAAAACGUAUUACCAAAAAAUUUGCCAAUGGUGGGUAAAAUGUAUGAGGAACCGACGCUUAAAGAAAUUGUGGAUAAAUGUUUUAUUCAUGUAAAUCAUAAGGAUCAUAUUAACAGCCUGAGAAAAUACAUGGAUAAAGAAAGUGCUUACUUAAACGAUGAGGACUGGUUUAAAAUGAAUUCGAUAUUUUUUCAAGCCGAUGAAGGAAUAUGCUAUAAAAAUUACCCAAAAAGUUUGACGGAACUGAAGUAUCUAAAAGAAAAUGAAAUAAACCCUGACGUUAUUAUUGAAAUAAUUCCUGAAAAACACAUCGCAAAAGAACACGCCAACGCAUCAGUCAUUCAAAAUUGGUUGACUUACCAAUAUGUAUUAAUAGAAAUGAUCAUUGCGCAGGAUAACGAGACAAGGCGAAACACUGUUAACAACAGAUCAAUAUUGUUUAAACAAAAACUAGCGGAGUUAACCAAACAAAAAGAAAUCAACAAAGUAAAAAUUCGUUUAGAGGGUAUAAUCAAAAUGAUUGCAGCAGAAACAAUGGUAGAAGGACCAAAAGUGGUGAAAUCCAUUUGCGACAGUCAAAAUCAAUCGAAUAAAUCUUUUCGUAAAUCUGCAACUGUCCCCAUUUCAGAUUUUUUAUCCAGAUAUUCAGAACUUACGUUAAAACAGAAAAAAAUCAUCAUUGACCGCGGAUUAAAUGUAGGCGAUUUCAUGGAUUUGGACGACUUUACGACAUUGGAUGAAAUCGACGAGACGGUCAAAGACAAAUUCCCUGACGACGACUACAUGAUAUCCAAAUGUUUUUCAGAUGGCUUUGCAUUCCCGUCAAAUGCCAUGAUUGAGAGAUUCCUGGACAUGGAGAAAUCUGCGUUGGCAGAAAUGCGUAAGUUUGCCGAAAACUCCAACAUUCCGUGGAUAAUGAUUUCUGAUCCGGAUGCCCGAUCGGCUGCGAUGAGUGAUAUCGCCGAUGUGUUGAAGAUAAACACCGACGCGCCUUUCGAGUCACCUUACGAAGUGGAUCUGGAGACCACAGAGGAAAUGUUACGCAAUGGCGAAGUGCACCUGAGCCGGUUCGGUCGGUGGUGCCCGGUGCAGGCAGUACGGUAUACAGCCAACCCAAGCAUCAGACGAUUCUGUCCAGAUCCAGCUGACGGUCACGUCCACACGGUCGUCCACCGCAAGUAUGUGUACUUUGUAGCCGGUGGUAUAAAUAACAGGGACGAGUUCAUGCGGUGGCCUAUGAAAUACGUGCUCGCACAGUCUACGAUGCCACUACCGCGACCGAGUUUCCAAUUAAAGAUCGCAGUGGUCGGACCACCCAGAAGCGGAAAGUCACGUUGCGCACAAGAACUGUGCUCCCGGUACGGACUGCAGCUAAUCCGAAUUGAGGACGCCAUCGAAACGUACCUGACGGAGUACCGAUGGACGGACAUGGCGAAAACAGCCAAGGGCACGCUACGCCGGGGUGAUGCGUUGUCCGAGGAAAUGCUGGUAGAAGUUGUGACUACGGCUAUGUUCGACGGCCGAGCCACCACGUGGGGCUACGUGAUCGACGGGUACCCAGUGACCAAGAAGCAGUUCAAGCUGUUGGACGGUGCCGGGGUCAUUCUGCACGCGGUGUUCGUUUUACAAGAUAACGGUCUGCCGGAAGAAAGCAUCGAAAACGACACUGCAUUGUUGCGGCUCAGACGCGGCGCUUGGAAGACGGCGUUUUCAGGUCUACCUUGGAUAUCAGCCCGAUACGGKAACGCUACCGGUUUUGCGGCCACCGACACCGAUGGGAUGGCCGAGGCCGCGUCGGCGUGCGUCCGGUCGAUGCUCGCGUACCAGACGGACCUCCACUGCAACCGCCCAACCCGGCUGUCGGGCGUGCCAGUAACGGGCCGAGAAUAUCAGUAUGACCUGAGCACCUUCCUGGACCAGUGUCCGGUGUGCAAGGUAGACUGCGACCGCUUGUUCCGGCCACUAAAUCCGGCGGUCAUGAGGCGGUCCUCGGUUCAAUACCAGGCGUAUAUCUACUGGAUGUGCGGCCCGGAACACGAAGCCGCAUUCGCCGAUAAUCCAGAUCGGUACGCYGACGCGGCACCCAUCACGCCUUACCCCCAUCCGGAAUCCACCACCGACAGUAUGCUGUCCCGGAACCCGUAUUUCAUGUAUAGUCUGUCGUCCGAGUAUUGCGCGGUAUGCGUGCUAUCGUGCCUGUGGUAUCCGGAGUACAAACGCGGACGUCCCGAGCUAAUGGUCACCUACGGUAAUCGCUCAUACACGUUCUGCUCGUCCCAGUGCAAACGGGAGUUCUCGCAGCAGCCGUCCAUGUAUGCGGAGUACACGAUGCGCGUCAGUGGCCCUGAACAACCGUUAUCAUCGUCAACGUGGUCCUGGAGCCAGGACCAAUUAGACAGACUGCCUGUACCUGGCUACYUGGAACAGACCGUGUCCGCRCUCGUCAGUUCGGCGCUGACCGAGUUGACAGCCAUCAAGCCCGUAUACCCGGGCCUGACGCUCGAGGUUUCGGCCAUGCUGUAUUUAGGCCUGCACRUCGGCAUGAACGGCAGCUGUGACAAAGACGUGGCCGAGUACUACCGCAACGCUUUCAAGCGGUUCGUAGAAACCUGUCAAAGUUUCAAAAUUGAGUCGCUCAAAUUGAAAUCGUUGAUGUGA